AAAUGUUUUCUACUUUACAAAAUUUGCUGCUUACAAAAGUUCUGUUUCAACCUCAAGCUAUCACUCAAGCCUUUCUGACCGCUGCAGAAGCCAUAAGCGGUGGCGUCACAGGUGAUUUUCGACCCUCGUUCUAGGUUUAAAGUAUUACCCUUCACACCUUCUCUCAUAAAUCCAAUUUACACAACGUAAUUGCCACCUUUCUUGGUCUUAAUCGUCACCUCAGCUGCAUAUCUCUAUGGUCAGUUCAGAAUGAUGACUAGAAAGCAAAUAACAAAUCUCUGCAUUUAUUUUCAAGAACCCUUUAAUACCCAAAAUCGAAUUUUUAUCAAACACUUUUCAGCAGCAGCUACACUUUACUCAUCACAUACACAAAAAUUGGAUACCCAAUUAAGGUCCCUUUGUGAAAACCCUAAAAAAAACCAAUUAAUUAAUGCAUUUUCACUUUUUAACCAAAAUCUUGAUUUGGGUCAAAUCCCAUCAGAGUCAACUUGUAAUUUUCUUGUUGUAACUUUUGCAAAGAAUAAGGAUUACAAUCUUGCUUUAAGGGUGUACCAUAAAAUGAGAAAAGUUCAAGUCUUGCCUUGGUUUUUAUCAUUAGCUGCUUUGAUUGAAUGUUUUGUGUAUGUUCAAAACCCAAGAUUGGCAAUUGGUGUAUUGGCGUUGAUUUUCAAGAAUGGUUAUAAGGUUAAUGUGUAUAUUGUAAAUGUUAUAUUGAAGGGUUUAUGUGAAAAUGGUAUGGUUGUUAAGGCUAUUGAGUUUGCUUGUAGUUUGGAUAAGAAAGAGGUAACACCCGAUGUGGUUAGUUUAAACACCCUCAUGAGAGGACUUUGCAAAGAGAAGAAAAUAGAGGAGGCUCUGGAUUUGAGGUUUAGUAUGGAAAAUGUGGUGAGUUGUGGUCCGAACUCGUAUACGUAUAGCAUUUUGAUGGAGGGUCUUUGUUCCGAGGGUAGGUUGGACGAUGCGAUGGAGUUGUUGGAAGAGAUGAGAACGAAGGGUCUGGAAGCUGAUGUUGUCGUGUAUACUACACUUAUAAAUGGGCUUUGCAACAAAGGGUAUGUUAGUAGAGGGAAAGAACUUUUGAAUAAGAUGUUGGAGAAAGGAAUUUCUCCGAUUGUAGUCACUUAUUCGUGCUUAAUUAAUGGAUUUUGUAAGCAGGGCAAAUUGAAAGAAAGUACAAUGUUGUAUGAUGAUAUGUUGAACAGGGGAAUCCAGCCCGACAGUUUUAUGUUUGCGGGUAUGAUUGGUGCCCUCUGCACUAACGGGAGGGCUAAAAAAGCAAUGGAAUUGUUCAAUUUGAUUCUUGAUAGGGGUGAAGAGCCCGGAAAUAUAACUUACAAUAUUCUUCUUAGUGCACUAUGCAAGGAAGGGUCAUUGGCCGAUGCUUUUCACAUUUUAAAGGUGAUGAUAGCAAAAGGCAAGACACCCGACUUGGUCACUUACAAUACACUACUAAAAGGACUUUCUGAAAGUGGGAAAGUGGAUGAUGCAGUGACACUUUUCGAAUCGAUGUUGGGUGACGAGACUUAUGUUCAACCGAAUGUUAUUACAAUGAACGUAUUGAUACGCGGACUUUGCCGAGACGGCCAGCUUGAUAAGGCUGCAAAAAUUCAUAACAAGAUGGUUGAGAACAAGAGCCUAGCUGAUAUCGGAACCUUUACUGUACUUAUUGGAGCUUACUUAGAGGCAAACAAUGUUGUCAGAGCUUUGGAACUCUGGAAGCAGCUAAAUCAAUUGAAUUUUAUUCCCGAUUCAAUAACCUAUAACACUAUAAUUGAUGGAUUUUGCAAGCUAAAUGUGCUCAAUAUAGCAAAAGGUUUGUUUCUUAGAUUUAGAAAGAAUGGAUAUCAUCCGACUGCUUUUGACUACAACUCAUUGAUGGAUGCCUUGUGCAAAGAGGGUAGCUUGGAGCAAGCGACGGGGUUGUUUAAAGAAAUGUUAGAUGCAAAUUGUGAACCUGAUAUAGUCUCGUACAAUAUUAUCAUUCGUUCGACUCUCGAAGCAGGAAAUUUGCAAUCAGCCAAGGAGUUGCUUAUUGGUAUGAAUAGGAGGGGUUUGAAUCCCGAUGUAUUCACUUUCUCCAUAUUAAUAAAUAGGUUUUCGAAGCUAGGACAAUUGGAGGAGGCGAAAAAGUUAUUUGAGAUAAUGGAUGCUUCUGGCUUGGCAGACAUUACUGUGUAUGAUUGUUUACUCAAGGGUUUUAGUUUGAAUGGUCAAACAGGAGAAAUUGUUGAUUUGCUUCACAAAAUGGCUGCUAAGGGUAUUGAGCUAGACUCGAGAAUUACUUCAACUAUCUUGGAAUGUCUUUGUAAUUUUUCUGAAGAUAUUAAUGUGGAGGAACUGUUGCCAAAAUUUUCACAGAAAACCUCAGAAGGAUUUAGCAUUCCCUGUAGUGAAUUGUUGAUGAAGCUUCACAAGAGUAUCCCCAAGCUUCAGUUAGAUUCUGCUCAGUAAUAUAAUCUCACAUGCUUCUGGCAGCUCAAUAAUAUAAUCUCACAACACUCUUUCUUUCCCUCCAUCAUCGAAUUUCAAUGUUUCGCCUUCUUCCCCUUUACAUUAACGUUCCCUUCACAGCAAGAGUCCUCGAACCAUAACCUUAAUUCUCUCAUUCUUGUUGAAUUACCAGGUUAUAUCGUGCCAAUCAAGAAGUUGCUAAUUAGUCAUCCCCUGAUAAUUGAAGCCCCUGAUAAUUGAAGCAGUCUGAUCAUCUUCAAUGGGAUGAAUUUGUACCCAGCAACCAAUGUUGAAAGUGGAGGAUCAUAUGGCAUCAACAAUGAAAUUGCACGUCAUCGAAUGAUAAUCAAUGUAAAUCAACUUCAAUGGAAUGAAUUUGCAGCCAGCAAGUCCAAUUUUGCGAGGAUCACAUGGCAUCAACGAUGAAUUUGCAUGUCAUCGAAUGAUAAUCAAAGUAAAUCAACUUCAAGGGGAUGGAUUUCACAGCCAAGAGUGCGGCCGAGCAUCAAUGAAAUAGGAGAAAACUAUAGGAGACCAAGAUUCAAUUUCCAGCGGCGGAGAGGAAAAGAAAAUGCUAGGUACUUUCUUCUCAUUUGUUUAAGCUUUGAUGGACAGAGUUAAGCAUGUUUCUAUGCUGAUGGGAGAUACCAUAUACUCGUCGAGAUGUGGACAAGCUGGCUCGGACACAAAAAAGUAUAUUUCUUCUUCCGUGUGUUAAUUUAUUUGCACAUAUUACAUCU